AUGGAUACACAGAUCAGGAAAAUGGCACAGUUGUUGGACAAUGAUCAGUUUUUGGAAAAAGUUGGGGUGUCCACAAAAUCCAGUUUACAGGCUGACCAUCCACCAUGGCAAGAUUUUACUGUGUCUCAUCUAGGACCAGAUAAUGGAUUGCUGAGAGUAAAAAUGAAGAAAAUCCAGUCUAAAAAGGUGCAAACCACAGAGGAGUGGCUAAACAGCUAUGGUUUAGAAUCCUUGCAAUUAACAUUGGAGCAUCUGAUAAAUGAAGGCAAUAUUAUUUUGAAUUCAAGAAAUGGUGUUGAAGAGAUAGAGUUUGCGGAAGAGACUGUCAUGAAUUUUGAGUCCAGACUUUCUGAAGUGGUUCAGCUUUAUCAGCAGCGAGUUCAGUGGCUUUUGCAGGACAGCAGAAAGGUGUUUGGCCUUGUAGAAGGAAGCAAUGUUGGACUUGUGGUUGAUGUAUCUAAUGUGAGUUAUGGACCUCAACUACUAGAUUUUCAGAAGGACCUUUUGCGCUUAAUAGAUGAACAGCUAUGUUAUAAGAAGCAAUUGUACUGCCUCUCAUUCAGUACAGAAAUUUCACCUCUGUGGGAAAGUCCAAAAAACAUCAAUAUUCAUGUGCUACAUGAAGCAAGACAGUGGAUACAGCAGCUGGAGCCUGGUCAAGGCUGCAAUUUGCUGAAAGCCUUGAAACACGUCCUUACAAUGAAAGAACUGAAUUCUCUGCUUCUUGUUGUGGGAAGCUGCCCUGACCAGUCUUUGGAAAUAAUAUCUGACUAUGCUCAGCAGUGUAUGCUGGGAAGAAAACUGCAGAUCCACGCUGUUACAUAUGAUUGCAGCAAUCCUGCUUCUCUUGUACUUCUAAAGAACCUUGCAGAAGCUGUAAGAGGCCACUAUCAUUUCUACUCUUCAAAGGGAGAGAAUUUAGAUAGCAGUGAUAUUCAUCUGCUACUUCAGGAAUCCCAGAAGGCUAACGACCUACUCAAAAGCCUCAAACAGAGUUUUCAAAGAAGAAUUCAUGGCUCACUGAUUAGUAAAAUAGCAGAUGUUUCCACAGAACCUGUGAAUACAGCUCCUUCCAGCUUCUUGCCAAAACCUCCAAAGCAUGAAGGACCAUUAGUUAUUCGAACACCAUGUGGCCAGGCCAAAGCCUCAAGAGACUGGUUAAAGACAAAUGGAUUGAAAGCUAAAAAGUUAAACCUUUAUCAAGUUUUGGCUCCCAGUGCCUUCUCUCCUGUGGAAGAAUUUGUACCUAUUCUUAAAAAAACAGUAUCAUCAAGUUUGCAUGAGAAAGCAAUGAUCCAAUUUGAAUGGUAUGAUGGAACUGUGAAAAAUAUCCAUGUUGAUCUGCCAGUGUUGUGCAACUAUCAGAAACUCCUUGCUAAAAUGGUAAGAGUCUAUGAGAAGCGAAUUGCCUGGCUGUCUGUUGCUAGCAGAAGAAUAUGGGGAAGUGUUUGUGAAAGGAGGGUGGUUAUACUUGUUGAUAUAUCCUUGACAAACUCUAUGUACAUCAUUCAUAUCCAACAUUAUUUGAGACUAUUACUUGAGGAACAAAUGUCAGAUAAGGAUUACUUCAAUAUUAUAGCAUUUGGGAGUGAUAUUGUGCCUUGGCAGCUGGAACUGGUUCCUUCCCAACCAGAAAACUUAGAAAAUGCUUGGAGGUGGAUGUUGAAGUUGCAGUGCGAAGGGAGUAGAAAUUUCCUGAGUGCUUUCAGGAGAGCUGUGGAAGUAGACUUCAAAGACAAAGACAAACACAAAUCACAAGGAAUUUACCUGCUGACUAUGGGGAUACCUGACCAGGAAACACACACAGUCAGUGCUUAUGUGGCUGAGGCUUGCAGAGGUUUUGAUUUGCAGCUUCAUGUCUGUCUGUUCAGUGUAGUGCAGGACAUUGGCUCCAAGAGGAUUCUGCCAGCCCGCUAUGCUAACCCAGCUGAAACUGCCAGUGCUUUUAAAGAAAUAGUGCAGGCAGCCAAUGGGAGAUUUCAUUGGUUUGGAGAAGCAGGUAUUUUUGAAAGUGAUGAUAUCACUGUUAUUGUGUCUGAAAUGGAAAAAGCAAGCAACUACUCCCAAAAG